AGUCCAGCGAUUGAUUCUUCAAACCACGCCACCGCUUUUUUUUUCAGUAGUUCAUUGAGCUUUAGCACUAAGAACUCAAGAACUCUUUUGAUUUUCUAACCUUCGAAGGACUGAACCAAUCGAUUGAAGCCAUGUCUGACGGGUGCAAGGUUUUUGUCGGCAAUCUGCGCCGCGACGUGCAGAAGAGCGAACUGGAGAAGAUUUUCCAGGAGCACGGCGACAUCCGGUCCACCUGGAUCGCGAAGAGCCCGCCGGGCUUUGCCUUUAUCGUCUUCAACAAUCCCGAUGACGCUUCGAAAGCGGUGUCUGAGCUCCACGGCUAUCAAGCGGGUAAGAAUUUAUUUUGUACAAACAUAGUACGUGAUAGGUUAUCAACACCUACAGCAGGCGAUCGUGCUGCUGGUACAGGAGCAAGUUUUGGGUCGAGCAUGCUUGUGAUAAUUUUGACGGAGUAAGUUGUACCAGAACUUGCAACUGGCGUUUGAUGUUAACUUUCACCAUAACCAAUUCAGACCAACUACUGCUACACAUCAACUCUUCGACGCGUUUGUGAUCAUAUCUUCGCGGCUCGUCUCCAGCUGCUGCUACGCGCCUUUAUAGACAGACUGCCUAAAGCCUCUACAAGAAGUCACCAAAUCCGUUUCUCCCGCCGUGCGACGUCGUCGGCGUCUCGGCGUCUUGUCGUUUGACUCGCUACGUGAUCCAACGCGAGUGUUUUUCGCCGCGUCGUGCUGCGUCAUCAUGAUCUACUGCACAAGUACAUCGAUCGACGUGUAAAAGUCGACCGCAUUUUUUUGCAGCUACGCAUUUUUGCACACGUCGAACCUAGACCUCCUGCAACUACAAACCCUGUGCGUCUCGAGCUCAUCCUUGCUGCGGCAGUAAGAAAGCGGCCAGCAGGGUGCUGCUCGUAUUUUUACAUGAGACGAUCUACGUCUACUGGAGCAUCGUGCGUGCACGUCUAGAAGCACCUGCUACCUACUGGAGCUCCUGUUGUCUUCCCAGUAGAUCAGGAGCAGCAUGCUACAGCCGCCUCCCGUCGCGCCGAUGCGUCACGGCUGACUGUUCUUCGUCGUUCGUCUAGUACACCACAGCGUCCAUCACCGAUCUACAAGUUCGGCUUCAUCCAUCAUUCCAACAUGUUGUAGUAAGAAGUGCUCCUCAUUCCGAAUCACUACUAUCUUUCAGAUUUUUGCGAAUCCAACGGGCAAGGCCUGCGUGUGGAGGUCAGUACCGGCGGACCGGGUGGCCGCAAGCGUGAGUCCAGCCGUGAUCGGGGUUCCCGUCGCUUCCUGCGAUCCCGGUAUUAUUGAUUGUUUCUCGAUCGGUAUUUAUCUUUUCUAGGCAUACUCAUAGUGAAAGAAAAUUUUGUAUUUACCCAGUGAGCACUGGCAUCUGCAUAAAAAGAAAAACCCGUAAGUCGCGUAUUGGGAGCAAAUACAGAGCCUUCUCUUGUACUUCCUCAAAAGUCGCAACAAAUCUAAAUCUAUCCUUUCAACAUUCCACAGCUCCCGUGGUGGUGGUCGCGACCGAGGCGGGCGUGGUGGCCGCAAGGAGAGUCGCGGCCGCGACAGGCGCCGUGACUCCCGUGGCCGGGGUGGCCGCAGCCGUCGCUAGGUGGUUUUUCAUCGAUCAUGCGAUCACUGAACCCACGGUAAAGAAGGAGAGACGGAACUAGUUUCUUCGCUUCGCCACAUAACUAUGCUGACUUUGGAUUUCAUUUUCUCAGAGGAAAAAAUGUACACAGUUGAUGCUCGAUCGUCUAUUGACUAUGUAAAGGAAAAAAUAUAUUGAUGUCUCACCCGAUGCACUAGUACCUAGACCUACUCUACUACCCAUGAUCGUCGCGAACUCACCACUUCUCCGCGGUCGCUUUCACUAAUCCGACCUUCACUAAUCCGACCGAAGACCCUGACGAACUAUUCAUGAUAGUGAUACGCAAUCGACGGAGUCUGGCUACUCUAAUAUGUAGUUGAUGGACGCACGCGCGAGGCACCUAAGAUGUUGCACUAGAAGUGGUUUUCCUAUUCACGACUUGCGAGACAGAAUGACACACAAAUGUCGAAUGAUCUUUCACUUUGAAGGCGUGACCCGUUUGGUUUCUUCGACAGUAACGCAAUGUUCAGUAUGAC